AUUCAUUACCCUGCCCAACGGGGUGCUGCAGAUCUUGGGGGUGACUAAGGAGGAUGCGGGCACAUACCGCUGUGUGGCAUCCAACUCAGCCAGGACCCGGUCCAGUCAGGAUGCCACCCUAACUGUUACUGCAGGUCCUGCCCCGGGCUUGAACCAGGUGUCAAUAGUGGCGCCGCCCCAGAACGCCACGGUGGUGCUGGGUCGUCCGGCCGUCAUGGAGUGCAUGGCCCAGGGUCAACCCAAACCUCUCGUGUCCUGGAGCAGGCAGGACGGACAGCCCAUCGCCACGGACGUGGUCGUCCUGGAGACCAACCUGGUGAUCCGCGACACGCGGCGCCACCACUCAGGGGUGUACGUGUGUCGUGCCAACAAGCCCAAGACGCGGGAGUUUGUCAUCGCCGCCGCAGAGCUGCGUGUUCCUGCCCCACCGGCUAUCCUCCAGGCCCCAGAGACGGUGUCCCUCUCCAGGGGUAACACGGCCAGGUUCGUGUGCAACAGCUCCGGGGAACCGGCCCCGGUCCUGCGCUGGCUGAAGAACGGCCAGCCUGUCCUGUCCAACGGCCGGGUCAAGACCCAGAGCCCCGGGGUGCUCAUCAUCAACCAGGUGGGCCUGAACGACGCCGGCUACUACCAGUGCAUCGCCGACAACAGCCUGGGCACAGCCUGCGCCACAGCCAAGCUGUCCGUCAUCGUGAGGGAGGGGCUGCCAAGCCCUCCCCGACACCUGUCGGCCACGCCCCACUCCAGCACCAGCGCCAUGCUGGCAUGGGAGAAGCCGGAGCACAACAGCGACCAGAUCAUCGGCUACUCAGUCCACUACCAGCGAGCCGCAGGCACAGAUAACGUGGAGGACCAGUUUGCCUUGAACAACGACACCACGGAGCUGCAAGUGAAGGAGCUGCAGCCCCACACAGCCUACACCUUCUACGUGGUGGCGUACUCCCUGCAGGGCGCCAGCCAGCCCUCGCUGCCCGUCACCGUGGAGAUGCUGGAGGACGUGCCCAGCGCCCCCCCCCAGCUGUCUCUCCUCAGCACUUCCGCCUCAGAUAUCAGAGUGAUGUGGCUGCCCCUGUCCUCCCAGCACAGCCGCGGUGACGUCACCCGCUACCGCAUCGACUACUGCACGCUGGAACAGGCAGAUCGUGUGUUCUCCGUGGAAGUUCCGGGGAACGAGACCCAGUUCACCCUGAGGGAGCUGCUGCCCAACCAGGCCUACCGUCUGAGGAUGGCGGCCGGCACCGGGGCGGGCUUCGGUGUGCCGUCUGAGUGGACGCAGCACCAUACCCCCGCACACUACAACCACAGCAUGGUUAUAUUUGCUCCGACGGAGCUAAAAGUCAAGACCAAAAUGAACACCCUCCAGGUCACAUGGCAGCCUCCGCCCAAUCACACGCAGAUCUCCGGCUACAAGCUCUUCUGUAAGGAGGUGGACACUGAGGAGCUGGCCAAUGAGGAGAGUCCUGAGAGGGAGAGGAGGAUGGAGUCUCACACCAUUAAGCUCCGCAAGAGAGUGAAGCACCAUGAUGUCACCGGCCUGGUGCCUGACCGGCAGUAUGAGGUGAAGGUGUGGGCCUACAACAAGCAGACUGAUGGCUACCCUGCUGUCUGGAAGGGUCGGACCGAGAAAGCUCACACUAGGGGUCCCCCCAGGGAGAACCUGCUGCCUCCCCUGCCCCCCAGCAACAUCAAGGCCACCGCCAACAGUUCCACGUCCAUCUGGCUCCGCUGGGAGAAGACGCGCUUCAACAACGUGCGCAUCAUCAACUACACGGUGCGCUGCAGCCCCGCGGGCCUCCGGAACGCCUCGCUGGUGUCCUACUACACCAGCUCUGCCCAGGACAUCCUGCUGGGGGCGCUCAAGCCCUUCACGCGCUACGAGCUGGCGGUGCAGUCCAAUGGGGUGGAAGGGGUGGGACCGUUCAGCGUCACCGUGGAGGAGUCCACACUGCCGGACAGACCCUACACGCCCCCUGCAGAACUCCAGCUCAGCGCCCUGGACUCCUCCUCUGUGCUGGUGAGCUGGCGCCCCCCAGUGGAGUCUAACGGGAUCAUCACCAGCUACUGGAUUCUGUACAGUGGCAACCUGAGCCAGCCGGAGCACCUGUGGAACAACCUCUCCCAGGAGGGGACCAUCACCAGUGUGGAGGUACAGGGUCUGUCCAGUGGGACGCGCUACUUCUUCAAGAUGGCCGCAGCCACCAAGGUGGGGGCGGGGCCUUACUCCCCUGUCAAAGACGUGCACACUCCUUCCCAGAGAUACGAGCUGGACCUCCAGGCUGUGACAGGCAUCAUCGUGGGAGUGUGUCUGGGCCUCCUCUGCAUCCUCCUCUACAUGUGCUUCAGCUUCCACAACGGCAAGACCAGGGAGGUGUCGGGGGGGCUGGACUCCUCGGCCCUGACCCCCCAGUACCGGCGUGGGGGGCGACCUCUGCCCUCCAGUGUUCCAGAGAGCAGCGACUGCCAUGAGCUGGAGAACCUGAUGGCCCCGAGCGACCAGGAGCCCUGCCAGCCCUCCCCAGGGCCCCCCGAGGAGCAGAGCCUCAUGGCUCACACUGAGGCCGGGGCAGGGGCCGGGGCCGGGGCCGGGGCCGGAGAGGACUUGGCUGAGCUUAAGGCGGCGUGGAACGGCUCAGUCAGCCGCAACUGGGCCAACCGGAUCACCCGGUACAGAGACACCCUCACGCAGGACUCCCCCGGCCCCCUGAACGGAACCAUGGAACGGGGUCCCACAGAGAACGGCAAGGUGGACCCUGAGGACCGCCUGGGCUUGUCUCUGUGCACGAACCAGGUGGAGGCCGAGGUCAUAGUUCACUCCGAGCUGUCAGAGGCGGAAAAGGGGAAGGAGGAGGAGGAGGAAGUGGAGGAUUCUCAGCAGACCCGGGGGUCGUCCAUCUCAGAGGGGACGUACUCUCCGGUCAGCCUGCCCGGCCAGGCCUCCUCCCUACACCCCCCUGAGGACGCCCCAGAGACCCUACUGCUGGGCCCCUCCCCAGAGAGCCCUGCCCUGGAGCCCCUGGCCAAUCACAAAGGGCCGCAGGAGGGUGUGGCAGCCCAGCUAACUGCAGAUGGGGCGCUCCGCCAGGGGGUGGGGCUAACCAACGGCUUCCACUCCCCCAAGACCCUACAGCGGGGGGCGGAGACCCUGGAGAACCAGGACUCCAGACAUUGCCCCUCCGCGAAAGCUCCGCCCCCGGGGCUGCCCCCGCCCCCUUCCCCGGCAGCGGCCUGGUCCACUCGACCUAAACUGCGCACAGCUACUUGUGCCCAUGAGAGGAACCCAGUUCCCUAACCCCUCCCCCCCCCACACACACACACCCUUAACCCCCCCCCACACACACACACACCUUCAUACAACCUUUGACACCAUGCUUUCUUUUUAUGCACCUCAAUAUCAGAUUGUGUUCCUUCUGACUCAGUUUUUAUAGCUCUUUUUGAAUCCAUUGUUUUCUAUGUGUAUGUAUACAGUAGACAUAUACUGUAUACACAUAUAAUUACGUUUUUAGUGCUAGUAUGUAUGGGUAUGCAUUGGAUUGCAUAGCAGCAGUACGUUUCUCUGGGCCUUGCUCCUGGGCCAUGGGUACAGACUUCUACUGAGAUAUGGGGAGGAGAGAAGGAAACAGACACAGCUCCGUUCCAGCCAAUCAGAAAGCUGCAAGGUCCUUCAGGUGACGGAGGUAGACGGAGGACCCGUGGGCCUUGUCCAGCUCCCUGUAACGCCCCCUGGCUGCGUGGUGCUGGUGGAUGCUGCCCCGGCACCAGGAUAGAAGCCUUAUAUUUACACACUCUGAGAGUGCAGACCGCUUGUCUCUCUGUCCAGCCUCCUGCUGUCUCAGGGUCCUCACACACACACCCACACACACCCACACACACACACACAGAAUACAUUCCCUGACUGGAGCUUGGGGGUCUCAGGUGCCUAAUAUUUUAGGUGCGUUUUUCACCUCUGUAUAUUUAUAUAGAUUAUUAUAUUCAGUACGGACAGAAACACUAUUUCAGAAUGAAGAAAAAAAGGAUGCGCAAACCAUGGUAAUUUUAGAAGGAAAUCUUUCAGCUUGGUCACAUGACCUGGAGCUGGGGACUGGGAGAGAUGUGGCAUGAUGACAUCAUGAUGACAUCACGAUGACAUCACCAUCUGGAAGGGUCCCUUUUCUGGGUCCCUCCCCGGCAACAACUCUACCUCAUUUCUUUUACAGGACGGUGUUUCAAUGUGAUUUUAUUAGUGUAGUGCUGAAAGCACCUUUUACAUAUCCUUUUCUGAUAGAUGACCUUCAAUUCUCACAGAUGUAACUGCCCAACACUGUCUGUGCAUUAUGUACACGGGCUACAGGAAAUUACAAACAUGCGGUGCGGAAUGACUCGUCACAAAUCUUUUCCCAUCACCACAUCACCUGCGUUCAGCCUGGCUCAUUCUGUAUGUUUUUAUUCUUUGGUCAUCGAAGAGAACUUGCAGAGGAGCGACGCAGAGUCAUCAAAUACCUCAAAUAAGCAUUUAUCUUUGGUUACAUGUCGGGGGUUUCUGAAAUAGUACUACAGAACAGGCGACAGCCUGCGAUGUCUAUUUUGGGUAAACCAUCAUCCUUUAUGUUGCUGCCAUGGCCAUUUAUGAUGAUGUCACAGCACUUAGCCUCACAGGUGACGUAGGAAGGGAGAAGAAACCUAUGAGAUCACCUCUGUCUUGGGAUGACUGGACACGCUCGCUGUGCCCCCCCCCCCCUGUGGACACACCCCCCGUGC